ACGACAUAUGUCAUUAGGUUUUGAUUCAUAUUAACUAACGACAGAUAAUGAACAAGUUUCCGGAAAGGGAAAGAGUUUUCAGCGACUGAUCUGCAAGUUAUUUCGUCAAAAUGGUGCGGAAAAAGAUCGAUAACAGGCUCCGGGUUCUUAUUGAAAAUGGUGUUGCAGAGAAACAUCGAUCACUAUUCAUUGUAGUUGGUGACCAUGGAAAAGACCAGGUUGUUAUUCUUCAUCACAUGUUGUCUAAAGCAGUUGUGAAGUCGCGUCCCUCUGUACUAUGGUGUUACAAGAAAGAACUAGGCUUCAGCAGCCAUCGCAAGAAGAGGAUGCGACAGUUACAGAAGAAGAUAAAGAGUGGUAAACUGGACGUGAAUGAGGAUGAUCCUUUUGAACUUUUCAUAGCAGCUACUAAUAUCAGAUAUUGUUACUAUUCGGAAACUCAUAAAAUACUUGGGAACACGUAUGGCAUGUGUGUGUUACAGGACUUUGAAGCCAUGACCCCCAAUCUUCUGGCCCGAACUGUAGAAACAGUGGAAGGUGGUGGCAUAUGUGUGAUAUUACUGCGAACAAUGCAAUCAGUAAGGCAGCUUUAUGCGAUGACUAUGGAUGUUCAUACAAGAUACAGGACAGAAGCACAUCAAGAUGUUGUUGGACGAUUCAAUGAGCGGUUCAUGUUGUCACUGUCUUCCUGUAAGAUGGCCAUGGUGAUUGAUGACCAACUGAAUAUACUCCCACUGUCUUCACAUAUGCUUUCUAUUGCACCUGUCCCUCCAAAAUCAGCGGAUGACCCGUUGCCCCCUACAGUAGCUGAGCUCAAAGACCUUCAACAGUCACUGCAAGAUACGCAGCCAGUUGGAGUCCUAGUCAACUGUUGUAAGACAUUAGAUCAGGCCAAAGGAUUGCUGAAGUUUGUUGAGGCAAUAUCAGAGAAAACGUUGAGAAGUACAGUUGUGAUGACAGCUGCCAGAGGGCGUGGCAAGUCUGCAGCUCUUGGUCUGGCAAUGGCGACUGCAGUUGGAUUUGGUUAUUCAAAUAUAUUUGUGACGUCACCAAGUCCGGAGAAUUUGAAGACGCUCUUCGAAUUUGUGUUCAAAGGAUUUGAUGCGUUGGAGUACCAGGAACACCUUGACUAUGAGCUGAUACAAUCCACUAACCCUGAAUUCAACAAGGCAAUUGUUCGAGUAAAUGUGUUCAGAGAACAUAGACAAACUAUUCAGUAUAUCCACCCAACUGAUGCCCAUAAGUUAGGACAGGCUGAGUUGGUGUGUAUAGAUGAGGCAGCAGCUAUUCCGUUACCUCUUGUGAAAAAUCUCCUAGGACCAUACCUUGUGUUUAUGUCUUCAACCAUCAAUGGCUAUGAGGGCACGGGGAGAUCCCUAUCUCUAAAGCUGGUCCAUCAGCUGAGACAGCAGAGCGCAACGUUUGGUGGUAGUUCAUCAACAGAGGCAAAGCAAUUGACUCAGAAGCCAGAAGGUGCUGCAUCUGCCUCGGGUCGCACUCUUCAUGAGGUUACGCUGAACGAAUCUAUAAGAUACGCCGGUGGGGAUGCAGUUGAGAAAUGGUUGAAUGAUCUUCUCUGUCUCGACGCCGCAAACACCCCCCGGACCAUGUCCGGCUGCCCAGUGCCCAACUCCUGUGAUCUGUAUUAUGUCAAUCGUGAUACCCUCUUCUCAUACCAUAAGGCAUCAGAAGCCUUCCUCCAAAGGCUCAUGGGAUUGUAUGUUGCUUCACAUUACAAGAACACACCAAAUGACCUUCAGAUGUUGUCUGAUGCCCCAGCACAUCAUAUUUUCUGCCUUCUUGGUCCUGUGGACCCUAACCAGACCUCACUGCCUGAAGUCCUCUGUGUGCUGCAAGUCUGCCUGGAAGGAGAGAUUUCCAAGUCCUCCGUCAUGUACAGUCUGUCCCGGGGGAAACGCGCUUCUGGUGAUCUCAUCCCUUGGACUGUCUCCCAGCAGUUCCAGGACCAUGACUUCCCUUCAUUGUCUGGUGCGAGGAUUGUUAGGAUAGCUACACAUCCUGAAUAUCAAGGGAUGGGUUAUGGUGGUCGGGCCCUGAAGUUACUACAGCAGUAUUAUGAAGGAAAGUUCACAAGUCUGGAUGAGACAUCAACAGAAUCUAAUCAGAUGGAAACGUUGACUGAAGCACAAGAGUGUAACAUUCUUGAGGAGCGGAUCACACCUCGCAAGAACUUGCCUCCCUUGUUGCUUAAGCUGAGUGAACGCAAACCUGAGAAGUUGGACUAUCUUGGCGUGUCAUACGGAUUAACAACAGAGCUACUAAAGUUCUGGAAAAAGGCCGGUUUUGUGCCAGUUUACUUGCGACAGACAGCGAAUGACCUCACUGGUGAACAUUCCUGCAUCAUGCUGAAGGCCUUAAAUGAAGAGGAAGAAGAAGAAGAAGAAGGGGAAGGAGAAGAGCAGAAGCCAAAGGAAACAUGGUUGCUUGAAUAUUGGAAAGAUUUCAGACGUAGAUUCCUGUCGCUGUUAUCAUUUGAGUUCAGGAAGUUUCUGCCUGGAAUGACAUUGAAUGUCCUUCAGCAGAGGCAGUACAAAGAGAAGAAAAAAGAUCUCACGUCGGAUGAACUUGACGUCCAUGUGACAAAGUAUGACCUGAAGCGCCUUGAGAUGUACUCCAACAACAUGGUCGACUAUCACCUCAUUAUGGACUUGUUGCCAACGGUCGCCAGGCUUUACUUCCUCCAUCAGAUUAAUGUACAACUCAGUGUCUCACAGUCUGCCAUCUUGUUAGGACUCGGCUUGCAACACAAAUCGGUGAAUGACCUUGAGAAGGAGCUUGACCUUCCAGCAACACAACUCCUUGGUUUGUUCAACAGAUCCAUGAAGAAACUCGUCCAGCAUUUGAAUGGUAUCACAGCCUCAGCCAUCGAGAAGACAAUGGUCGAGAGAAAGGAGAUUACCAUGACACCAGUUGUUCAAACAGUGGAUGAGGAUUUGGAAGAAGCAAGUAAGGAGGUGAUGGAGAAACAAAAGAAGGACCUCGAGGUGCUGAAGGGGAUUGACCUUUCCCAGUAUGCCAUCAAGGGAUCAGAGACAGAGUGGGGCAAGGCUCUUGCCGCUAAGGACAAGAAACUCAUCUCGAUAGGACAUAAAACUCCCAAAAGGAAAGUAGAGGAGGCCCCAGUAGUAGAAGAAAAGGAAGGAAAGUCCUCUCACAAGAAAAAGAAACAGAAAAAGUUCAAGAAGUGAGGGAAUCGCCUGUCUCUGUCAUAGUUAUAAAGACAUAAUGCCUUACUGACCAAAUAUAUGUAGUUCGGUAAAAUUAAUAAGUUUGGCAGUAGGCAGCGUAGAACGAGCUGCCCUUUUCCUGGUCACAGUAUGGUACUGUUUUCAAAACCUGUAGCAAAUUCUGUUGUUGCUUGUUAUCAAUGUGGCUGUAUGUAUCUGAAGAAAUUUCCCCAUUUAAUUAUUUUAGUAAGGUACAGUAAAUGUAAUGUUUUAAACCCUUGAGUUGAUUGUAAACUGAUGAGACAUUGCCUGCCUCUCAUUAUGGUGAUGUGAAAGAGAUAUAAUGAAUAAACUUAAAA